AUGUCCAGUCCUCAUACUGCUCAUAAGAAGAACGACCAAUCUGUCGAUCCUGUCCCUGAUGUGCAAUCCGAAGUCUCGAUCGAGGUCAGCGAGGAAGCCAAGUCCACCAUUCGCACCGCUCUGGAGGAGUACGAGACCUCGCUGAACGAUUUAUCCCCGCGCAUUGACAUAUUCAGUGAGCUUGAGGAGUUGAUCUCGAAGAGAGAGGUCGUUGGGCCCAAAGAAGAUGAUGUGCAUACCUGCCAGGUGCAGGGUUGGCUGGAGAACGCAAGGGCAACCUGGGAUGGCCUCCAGGGCGUACUGAUUGCCGCGCGGGACUCCUUCGGCACGCCCGGGCCGUCCUUCCUCGGCUCUCUCAACCAUGCGCUCGGUCUUGAGAGUGAUGUUACGGAGCUGCUCAAUCUUUGGUGUCCAGGUGGCGGCAGGUCAAUGUGGCGCGCUGAGGGCGUCGAAGCCAUGGACCAAGAACUCGUAGGAACUCGUAGGAACUUCCUACACUCUGUAGGAAGUUGUCAGGCUGGAAUAUAUAAGGAGGUCAUUUCGAGUCCAAUGCAUCCUCACUCUGCAGUCGGAAAAGUGUCUUGCCCAUCCUGGUCCCUGGAAAAGUUAACACUUACACGUGCCACCAAGAAAGGGCAGCACCAGCAGGCAGCUGAAGCCCAAGACAGCCAUUACCAUGAAACUCUCACGGCUUGGAGAGUCGGCAGAGAGCCCACCGGACCGCCAGGGGCAGACAGUACGCUGUACGAGAGCAAGCUCGAGGAACUCGAGAGCGCUCGAGAGACUCUGUUGAACCAGACUCAGCUGGUCAGGAAAGGACUCGCGCCUGACGUGGAGCGGCAAUCAGGGGACGUGGUCGAGGACAUUACUGGGUUGGUUCCCUUCCAGACGAAUCUGUUCACAAUCGGCGACCAGCACAUCAAGGGUUUGGCAGUCCGACGGCGGGAAGCUGCGGCCUCAAAGCGCUCCACGGCCUCCUCCAGUGUUGUUGCGCUGGCGUCAGAAUCGUUCUUCACCGAGCCAUUCCAGCCGUAUAGUGCUCUCCAAAAGUAUUUUGGUAGGGAUACCAGUACCAGCGCGCCGACCGAGGCCGAUACCAAAUACCGUACUCUGUACCAGGAUGAUCGUCUGGCGAGAGAGCAUGGUAUUGGUAGAAUACCGAUACCAGGCUGGUAUACCAUAGUAUACCAGGCCCGCACUCUUCCCGAGCCUAGACCUGCCCAAUUCGUACCGAAUGUCCAGAAGUGGUGGUGUCUGACUUCGGACAAAGUUGUGCCCGUUAUUGGUCAUAGCUCCAGGAGUAGCGCCAGUGCAGACCAGAAGGUACUUCAGGGCUACCUGAGAGCUGAGACUGAGAUACGCAGUCACUCUACCCGCGCCGCCACACAAAAGGCAGCUCACGGAAGGAGGAGUGGCGGGAAAAGGUGUGGUAAUUUUGGUAUACCAGCCCUGAUACCUGGCGCCGCGCCCCAUUCGCCCGGGUGGCAAAUGCUCCAUCCAUCUAGUACGCAUCUUCAGCAUGAGGCCCGCUCAUCUCAGCCUCUUGGCAUCAACACUGCAAGCUCCAUGAUAGUACUCACAUGGAAGGCUACUAGUCAGUUGGGCCUCACGUCCCGUCGCUGUGUCUCUCCUACAGGAGCGACAAGUCCCGUUCCCAGCACUGCGAGUCAGCUGGCGUCGCAUCUGCAGCAGAUGGCUGCCAAGUAUGGGAUCAAUCUUUUCGCGAUCAAAGACACAGAAGAAGAGCCCGGAGACGGGACCCCUGACUGCGCCUCGGACGCGGAAGAUGGCGACAGCGGUGCACCCAUGGCAGGCAAACACAGCGAAGCGCAACUCGAAGACAGGACCUCGACACUCCCGAGCCAGCAGUACCCGAAACGCCCGGUACCGUCACAGAAGGUCCUUGAUGACGUACUCGUGUCGCUUCCGCUCCCUGCAGAGAUGCUCACACUCUCAAACAAACACCUCAGAGGCCUUGCUGUCCGUUGGGCGUUUGCUGCAAAGGCUGCCAAACGCCGGACAAAGAAGGCGUCGCGCGUGUCUUCCAGACCGAAGGAGAGCAGCGGUGCUGGUCCUUCGUCUUCCUUGACUUUAUGA